CACUGGCACGCCUGUCGGCCAAAGUUGUAGUUAUUCCGUGUUGCGGCUCUUGUUGGAGACUGACCAUGUUGGGUGCCGUAACUCGUGCCGCUUCCAGCCUUUUGGCUGGAAAAACUUGUGAAAAGGUUACAAGCGAAACCGUAAAGGCCGUUGCUGGUUAUAACAACUCGAAAAGAAGUUAUGCAGCGGCGGCAGCCCCGAAAGCAGCUUCGAAGAGGGCGCAAGGAAAAAUUGUAGCCGUUAUUGGUGCCGUAGUCGAUGUGCAAUUCGAAGAUGAUCUUCCCCCGAUUCUCAACUCGCUCGAAGUGCAAGGCCGACAGACGAGGCUCGUGCUCGAAGUCGCCCAACAUUUGGGCGAAAACACGGUCAGAACGAUCGCCAUGGACGGUACCGAAGGUCUCGUACGCGGGCAAGUCGUCUUAGAUACCGGUUUCCCAAUCCGUAUUCCGGUCGGCUCGGAAACCCUAGGCCGAAUUAUUAACGUAAUCGGCGAGCCGAUCGACGAGAGGGGACCGAUCGGUACGGAUAAGUUAGCCGCCAUUCACGCGGAGGCGCCGGAAUUCGUCGAGAUGAGCGUCGAGCAGGAAAUCUUGGUGACCGGUAUUAAGGUCGUCGAUCUUCUCGCCCCGUACGCCAAGGGAGGUAAAAUCGGUCUGUUCGGCGGUGCGGGCGUAGGCAAAACUGUGUUGAUUAUGGAGUUGAUUAAUAACGUGGCGAAGGCCCACGGUGGUUAUUCCGUAUUUGCCGGCGUAGGCGAACGAACCCGCGAGGGUAACGAUUUAUAUCACGAAAUGAUCGAGUCCGGUGUAAUUUCGCUGAAGGAUAAGACGUCGAAGGUGGCGUUAGUGUACGGGCAAAUGAACGAGCCGCCCGGCGCUCGUGCCCGUGUCGCCUUGACCGGAUUGACGGUCGCCGAACAUUUCCGCGAUCAAGAGGGCCAAGAUGUGUUGCUGUUCAUCGAUAACAUUUUCAGAUUCACCCAGGCCGGUUCUGAGGUGUCCGCUUUGCUCGGUCGUAUUCCAUCGGCUGUAGGUUAUCAGCCAACUUUGGCCACGGACAUGGGUAGCAUGCAGGAGAGAAUUACGACCACCAAGAAGGGCUCGAUCACAUCCGUGCAGGCCAUUUAUGUACCCGCUGACGAUUUAACCGAUCCCGCCCCCGCAACAACCUUCGCUCACUUGGAUGCCACGACUGUAUUGUCGCGUGCCAUCGCCGAAUUAGGUAUUUAUCCCGCCGUAGAUCCCCUCGAUUCCACCUCCCGUAUUAUGGAUCCCAACAUCAUCGGUGUCGAACACUACGGUAUUGCUCGUGGUGUACAAAAGAUCUUGCAAGAUUACAAAUCCCUACAGGACAUCAUCGCCAUCUUGGGUAUGGACGAGCUGUCAGAAGACGACAAAUUGACCGUUGCGCGAGCGCGUAAGAUCCAACGUUUCUUAUCCCAGCCAUUCCAAGUCGCCGAAGUUUUCACCGGUCACGCCGGCAAACUGGUACCUCUAGCCGACACCAUCAAGGGUUUCACAAAGAUUCUGAACGGUGACUACGAUCAUUUACCAGAGGUCGCUUUCUACAUGGUGGGUCCGAUUGAGGAGGUUGUACAAAAAGCUGAAAAAUUAGCCGCGGAAAGUAAUUAAAUUCUACUUUAGCAAAACUUUUAUAUAUCCGUUAAUGGUUCUUUUUUUGAAUAAAAAUUGUAACUUUACCAAGCAGGAAGUGUUAACUUAUGUCAUUGUCAUCUGUAUGUAAAUUUAAUUUUAAAAAUAAAUAGAUUUGUUAGGCUA